GCGGUCUCUUUCCUCUAACAUGGCAUUCAAGGUAUUUGCACUGGCCGCUCUUGUGGUCGUCGCCAUGGCCCGGCCAGAUAACCCACCUACAUAUGGCUACUCUGCUCCAACACCCUCUUACGCACCCGCCAAGUACGACUUCAACUACGCCGUCAACGACCAACCAUCAGGCAACGACUUCGGGCAUGAGGAAACCCGUGAUGGAGACCACACACAAGGGUCCUACUACGUCCUUCUUCCUGACGGUCGUCUGCAGAGGGUCACCUACAAUGUGAACGGCGACUCCGGUUACGUGGCUGAUGUCACCUACGAAGGAGAGGCACAGUACCCCACCCCAAAGGCCUCCUAUGGUCCUCCUCAGCCUUCCUACAAGCCUCCCACCCCCUCCUAUGCUUAAGGAGCAAUUCAAAGAUAUUUAUUGAUCUCGAAUCUUUGUAGAUACUGGUUAUUAAACAAGCGAGCUUCAUUUUUAAUAGUUUUAUUUCCAAUAGUUUUCAAUUAUAUUUCA